GAUACGGCUGCCAUUUUAAGUUUGAGUGCGGAUAAGUGAUAUUCUUGUCACUGCUAACUAGUAAUCAGGUUUCCCGUUAAAUUUUUGUUUAAAAGUUUUUUUUAUUGUGGGCUUCAUAAAAGCCAAUAAGAAAUGCAGUCAAAUCAGAUGAAUCGAAAUUUGAAACAAGUACAAUUGGAGAACAGUCGCAAUUCUCCGAUGAAAAGAGACUAUGAUACGGCGGAUCUGGAAGGAACCGUGCCUGCUGAGGAAGGUGAGCCCCUGACAGUGGACAUCAAGAAUUUCCGCAGGCCAGGAGAGAAGACUUAUACUCAGAGAUGCAGGCUCUUUGUCGGAAAUUUACCUACUGAUAUCACGGAAGAAGAUUUCAAGAAAUUGUUCCAGAAAUAUGGAGAGCCAUCCGAGGUUUUUAUCAACCGGGACCGCGGAUUCGGCUUCAUUCGCUUGGAAACUAGAACAUUAGCUGAAAUUGCAAAAGCUGAACUUGACAGUACAAUGCUGAGAAAUCGACCUCUACGUAUUCGUUUUGCCACUCAUGGAGCAGCUUUGACUGUGAAGAAUCUUUCUCCAGUGGUUUCCAAUGAGUUGCUGGAGCAGGCGUUUUCUCAGUUUGGUCCAGUAGAACGAGCAAUAGUUGUUGUUGAUGACCGUGGGAAGCCUACAGGAAAAGGUUAUGUGGAAUUUGCAGCGAAGCCUGCUGCUCGCAAGGCUCUGGAAAGAUGCUCAGAUGGAGCAUUUUUAUUAACAUCGACUUCCAAUAUGACGAACCAGGCGAUAAACUCUCCUCGUCCUGUUAUUGUGGAGCCCAUGGAACAGUUUGAUGAUGAAGAUGGGCUUCCUGAAAAACUACUGCAAAAGAACACACAAUACCACAAGGAAAGAGAGCAGCCACCACGUUUUGCUCAGCCUGGGACAUUUGAGUUUGAAUAUGCGUCUCGGUGGAAAGCCCUUGAUGAAAUGGAAAAGCAACAACGUGAGCAAGUUGACAGGAACAUCCGAGAAGCAAAACAGAAACUUGAGGCAGAAAUGGAAGCAGCUCGCCACGAGCAUCAGCUUAUGCUAAUGAGACAAGAUUUGAUGAGACGUCAAGAGGAGUUGAGACGCUUGGAAGAAAUGAGGAAUCAAGAACUGCAAAAACGGAAACAGAUAGAAAUGAGGCAUGAAGAGGAACGUCGUCGACGAGAGGAGGAAAUGAUGCGACAGAGAGAGCAGGAUGAAUUGAGAAGGCAGCAAGAAGGGUAUAAGCCAAACUACAUGGGCAAUAGAGAACAGGAUAUGAGGAUGGGUGAUAUGGGUCCACGUGGAGGAAUUGGCAUGGGAGAUGCGUAUAGCCCGGCUCCUGCUGGCAACCAAGGUCCUGCUCCACUUAUGGGUAUGAACAUGAACAACCGUGGACCUAUGCCUGGUGCUACAAUGGGACCUGUCCCAGCCAUUGGGCCAGAAGGGACUGCAAGCUUGGGAACACCCAUGUUGGGAGACAACAGUGGAACAAUGAUUCCAAAGGGAUCAAGAGGAAUGGGGAGAAAGAUGAAGUAUGGCUUUGGGAUAGAGGAUCAGCCACAUCAAGAAUGGCAGAGCAUUCUCAAAGAGCCAGAUGGCUGACUUGCUCAGUGUUUCUGUUAUCGUGAACAGUUCCCUGCUGCAUAUCCAUUUCAUCAAAUACACACUGUGUGCUGCAUAACUUGUUGCUUCCUUUUUAAAGUUCUUACUUGAGUUUCCUCAUGAGUGCAAAAUCAAAAUACUUUACUUCAUGUCUCUUUAUUUCUUCACUGUAAUCGAGUAUAACGUACACUAUAGUAACUUAUUACAACUUCUUUCAACACUUCAAAAGUUCAUGGCCACGUGAGUUUGAAAAUUCAAGUUUCAAUAUUUGCCUGAAAUUCUUUACUGUUAUGUAUUGCAAGCCAUUUGAAUUUAAAAGGUGUUUGGCUUUACUUUUUUCACUGAGAUCCUUAGCUUGACAGUUUUAUGGAAUCAUCGACAGUGUUAUGAACAUGAAUGGAACAAGACUAAUUUGCAACAUUACACAAUACCAUUGGGAUAUUAUGGAAAUCAAUGAUAGGUUUACUGUGCUGUUGUAUUAUGGAAAAAACGGUUUAUGUGUUUCAUUAGCACUUGGGCUUUGUCAUUUGUACAUUGCACAGCUAAAUACUUGGGGAAAAUGGUCAGUUUCAAAUAUCCAAAUAAAUUCUAAUGUUCUAUAGCGCUAGAUUUAAUUUCUGAUAGAUAAUAUAAGAACAUAGGAAAUAGGAGCAGGAGUAGGCUCCUCACUCCUCAAGCGUCCCCCACCAUUCAAGAAGAUCAUGGCUGAUCUGCUCCAGAUCUCAACUUCUCUCUCGUACAGGCUCGGCAUAGCUGUCAUUUUCUGGUAUUUCAAAAAUCUAGGUGCCUCCUCUUUUCAAAUGUUUUCAGCUAUCUAACCUCUAACUUUCUGUGCAGAGAAUUCCAGACCUUCUGUCUCCUCGAGGAGAAAAAAUUCCUUUGCAUCUCAGUUUUCAGUGUGUCUUGUUAAUCUGUAACUAUAUCCCCUUAUUUGAGAUUUCCCUCAUCAGUGGAACUGUUUUCUGAAUAUCUACCCUAUCAAACCCCUCAAUCUUAUGUUUCAAUAAGAUUACCCCUACUCCUCUAAACUCUAAUGUAUAAAAGCUUAAGUUGUUCUUGAUAAGUUAGCUCCUUCAACCUAGUGAUUUUUCUGUGAACUGCCUCCAAUGGUAGUAUGUUUUUUUUAAAAAUACAGGAAUCAAAAUGAUCAGUACUUUGUGUAGCCUCACCAAUAUCCUGUAUAAUUGUAAAAAGACUUCCCUGAUUCUAAAAUCCAACUAUCCACUAUUAAGGGCCAAAAUUCUAUUUACCACCUUAAUUACUUGCUGCAGCUACUCAUUAGCCACUUGGAUUUCAUGCACAAUAACACCAGAUCCUUCUGCGCUGGAUGUUUUGAAGUCUCUUUCUAUUAAACUAAUGAUCUACCUUUUAAAGUGCAUGACUUCACACUUGUCUACAAUGAACUUGUGUGCUGAAUUUUUGCUCACUCACUCAACCUGACAUUGAAACCCCUAAUUGAAAAACAUAGGAUUCUUAAGAGUCUAAACUGAUUGCACCUCACCAUAUAUUUCACUUAUAUCACUACAUUAACUUUCGUUUUUAACGAUACUACCCAAACUCCUUUUCAUUUUUGCCAAUUUUUCUGCAACAGAAAUACCCUUCAAUAUUGAGAUCCCAGUAUUAUUUACCCUGUUACUAUGUCUCCAUAAUAGCUAUAAAAGUAACUUGUUUAUUUUUGUUUGUCAAUAACUUAGUAUUCAGAUAAAGCACAUUAUGCUUUAACUUGUUACCAUUUAUUAUUCUCUGUACUCCUCAUCAAUUUUUUUGCCCAUUUCUGUCACACUUUUUUGAUUAUUCAGCAGCCUGGAUUUCUCUAAUUUCAUGUUGAUUUUGUUAAACUGUCUUUCAGAUGAACAACCCUUCUCUCUUCCUCCCACUCCCCGUCACUUUGCAGCCCUAUACAAAACUUAGCCCAUCACAUAUCUAAGACACUGGUCACAGUGUGGUUCAAAUGAAGCCCAUCCCAAUGGAACAGAUCUCGUUCUUCCCAUUCUUGUCCAUACCCUGUUCAGAACUUAUUUCUGCCACACCAAUCUUUCAGCCAUGCAUUUAACUUCUCUAAUCUUAAUUAGCUGCACCAUUUUGCUAAGGUAACAAUUCAGAGAUGAUUACCUUUUGUGUUUUUUUUUAAUUUAGCCCUUUGCUGCUUGUAAUCCUUCAGAAGAACCUCUUGCCUACACAUACUAAUAAUUUAGGUAUGUGUAUAUGGAGCAUGACAACUGGAUCCUUCCUGCUCCCACUCCGUGUUUCAGCCUUGAGGAGAAAUCUCAAACAUGGGGCUAAUACUUUGUACUUUUCUGACGUUCAGCACCCCAAAAUUUCAAACAUCCCUUCCUCUCCUACAUAAUUUCUUUAAAUUUUACAUUAAGGAUUCAUUUAGCUCAGUUAGCUGGAUGGCUGGUUUAUGGUUCAGUCAUAUCAACAGCAUACAUUUAAUUCCUCCAUCGAUUGAGGUUACCAUGAAUAACUCUCCUCAACCUUUUCCCUUGCCUAAGGUAUGGUGACCUCAGAUGCACCUCCACCAGCCAUCUCUCUAAUGAAGGAGUAUGGUUAUGGUGACCUCACCUUUUUACAUUUAACCUACAGAAAUUUACCAAGACUCCUUUAGAAGACAACACCAUACAAACUCAUGACUGCUACCAUUCAAAAAGACAAGGACAGGGCAACAGAUAUGAGAACACCACCACCUGAACAUUUCUCUCUAGGUCCCACACCAUCUUAGCUGGAAAGUUAUGACCACUUCCUCCAUUCCACUGUCUGAAUCCUGGAUCACUACAGCCCUGGAUGUUUGAUGGUGUACCUACACCAAAUGGACUACAUCUAUUCAAGAAGGCAGCUGACCACUUACCAAGGCAAUUAAGAAUGGACAGUAAAUACUGGCAAUGCCCUCAUCCCUGAAUUUUGUUUUUGAAAACAGGUCUCUUUGCUAUUUCUUGUUGCCAUUUUCAUUACUGGUAAUUUCAAAGAUGAGUUAGCAUCCGUAUAGUGUGGUGCUAUAAGGAAUAGACCAUAUCAAGCAAUUAACUGUUAUAUGUAAACUCAUCAGUACUUUCUGUUCAGUUAUUAAAAAUCUACUUUUUAUUGUUUUAAAAUUCAAUUAGUCUUUCAGUUGUCUUUUAGUAUUAAUGUGAGAAAAUCACUUGGGGGCAGUUUUGAGACACUGGGUUUGCAGUGGAAGGAACUUGAACCUGUGUGGAGAUUGCUGUGUUAACGUAACCUAGAGGUUCUCCUAAAAUAGCAAACAAAAUUGCUGAAGAAACACAGACCUAGCAGCAUCUGUAGAGAACGAAAUAAUUAAAUCUUUUUUGGGUGAAACAUCUAACUUUUGUUUCAAACUUCAGGGUCUGGGCAACGACUCUGCUAUUGUCAUUUAUGCAUCUCUUAGAGUUCAAUUUUGUUUUUCUUGCUCCAUUAAUACACCCUUUCCUGAUCCUGUUGAAGAUCUAUGACCCCUCAAGAGGGGCCUCUUGGUUCAAGAUCGGUCAAAGAAUUGACAAAUGUGGUCUGUUCAAAAGCAAGGGUCAUUAUUUAAUUAAGGUACCUUGAUACAAUUCUAUCCAGCAACACUGGUUGAAGCUUUUGUGUUCCGUGGUGAAGUUGCGCAAUUACAUUUGAAAAUUGCACAUUAUUUAUUAUUUUUUUAAGAAAUAGUGCAGCCUUAAUUGCAUG